UCUCGAUCUUUCAGGGAACUCUUUCAACUCAUCAAUUCCAAUGUGGUUUGACAAGUUUCCGAGCCUUGUUCAUCUCAAUCUCAGGGGAAAUCUUUUCGACUGCAUUGAAGGAGGCUUGUUCUUAUUCUUAAAGAACCACCGGUACCUCAAGUCAUUGCGUUUGUCUUUUAACCAAAUCGGAGAAGAGAUUGCAACAACCCAAGGAAAUUCAUCGGGACUCAAUGAGAAUAACUUGGAGAGUCUAGAGAUAGAGGGUAAUCGUCUUAAGGGUGCUUUGCCCAACUGGUUAGUGCACUUUACUAACUUAAAACACAUUAUGCUUCCCUACAAUUCCUUCUCCGGUUCAAUCCCUAGUGUCAUUGGGUCAUUGCCGAACUUGGUAACACUAGAUCUUUCAUAUAAUGGAUUGAAUGGGACCAUUCCAUCAUCAUUAGGUCGGUUGUCGUCAUUGAGAUGGUUAGUUCUUUCUAAUAAUCAAUUGGCAGGGCAUAUUCCCGAGUCAUUAGGGAAAUUGCGGGCUUUACAAGAGUUGUGCCUUGACAGCAAUCAUUUGACCGGUACUAUACCCAGUAGUUUCGGAAAGCUUUCUCAUCUCUCGGAUCUGUAUCUUCGCAACAAUUCUUUGGGAGGUGUGAUUUCAGAAAACCAUUUUUCUAAUAUGUCAAGGCUCCAGUAUUUGGAUGUUAGUGACAAUAAUAACUUGACUUUCAAGGCAAAACCCAGCUGGAUACCCCCUUUCCAACUUCAAUUCAUUUCGAUGGGAUCUUGUAAAUUCAUAACUCCAUUUCCCCAAUGGAUUCAGACACAAGUGGAAGCUGAAUAUAUCGUACUCUCCAAUGCUUCCCUUUUUGGGCCCCUGCCAAAUUGGUUAGCCAACAUGACAUUUGACGUACUCGAUCUAUCUCACAAUCAAUUUACCGGACACUUGCCCAACAUAUCUUCUAACUGUUCCACUCUGGAUCUCUCCCACAAUUUGAUCACUGGAUCUCUUCCGACAGAUAUUGGUGUUAUGUACCGAUUCAAUAUUCUGUCUCUCAAUGAUAACCGAAUCAAUGGUACAAUACCGUCAUCAUUAUGCGACAUGGAAUUGAUGGAUUUAAAUCUUGCCAAUAAUAACCUAUAUGGCAGUAUUCCGGACUGUUGGAAGGGUUCUUUGUUUUACUUGACUUUGUCAUUCAAUAAGUUGUCCGGAGUGAUUCCAAGCUCAAUUGGAUCCUUGCCCUACCUUGCCACCCUCCACUUGAACAGAAACCGUCUCAAUGGGGAGCUUCCUCUGGCUUUAGGUCAUUGCACAAAUCUGGUAAUUUUAGACCUUGGAGAGAAUGACUUCUCCGGAAGCAUCCCCACAUGGCUCAGCAAAAGCUUUCAAUUCUUGGUGAUCCUGAGGCUACGAGAGAAUAGGUUUACUGGCAGCAUCCCUCUGCCGCUCUGCUCACUCUCAGGACUACAGAUAUUAGACAUUGCAGUGAACAAUUUGACGGGAACAAUCCCACGUUGUCUUGGCUAUAUGCACAGCAUGAUCAACUUCAAUCAAGUCAAUUCAUUUGGAUCUGUGGCCGCUGCUCCUAUGCAAGAUAUAACUUCCCCCCCAUCUGUAUCUCCAUCGCCAGCAACCAGGUACUCUGAUGCGAAUUGGCAUCAAGAGCAAGUGGUUGAGAUAAUAAAGGGAAGAUACAAUGAAUACACCAAUAUUGAUCUGCAACUUGUGGUAAAUUUGGAUCUUUCAAGCAACGAUUUGAUCGGGUCAAUCCCCGAAGAACUUUCUUUCCUCUCGGGAUUGCAUGGCUUAAACUUGUCACACAACCAUCUCUCUGGAGAUAUUCUCAUUGGCAUUGGGAACAUGAGGUCACUCGAGUCUCUUGAUCUUUCGAACAACAACCUCACGGGGACAAUUCCGCAAGGCAUUUCAGCAUUAACAUCCCUAGCCCACCUCAACCUAUCGCAAAACAACUUGAUGGGACAGAUUCCAAAAGGAAAUCAAAUCCAGACGCUUGACGAUCCAUCCAUUUAUGCCGGCAAUCCUCUACUCUGUGGUGAUCUUCUAAGAAAAAAUUGCCCUGGCUCCGAGGCGCCUCAACCACCGAAAAUCGCUCACCCUGAAGAUACACACGAAGAGGACAAGCUUGGAAAGGUGUUGUUCUGUGCGGUCGUAAUGCUUGGAUUUGCAACUGGGUUCUGGGGCUUUUUCGGAGUUUUGCAGUUCAAGAAGGAUUGGAGACUUGCAUAUUUCAGGUUUGCGGAUCAAGCAGCAGACAAGGCAUAUGUGGCUAUAGUGGUGAAGGCAGGCAAGUUGAAGAGACUGAGACAGUCAGGAAGCGCGUAAGAAAUGAGCAAUCUCGUGCUCUCUCCCCUGCCUUUGGUUCUUCAUUUUGGGUGUAUUUAGAACUAGUGCUCGUGUGAUC